AUGAAUUUUUUUUCAGUUUUGUCCCUUUAAGUUUGCUCCAUAUUAUUUUUGGUUGUAAGGGACCAUACAUUUACUCUCAAAAUCUCUACGUUUGGUUUCUCAACUAUUCUCUCUCAUUAAUUUCUUCCAACUAAAAAAAAAAAACAACUUUACCCUAUAGAACAAACAAAAGGGGAGAGAGAGAAUACUAUGCAAGCAUCUAUGCAAUUAUUUGUACGGCCUUUGGAAUAGGUUAUUUUAAAAGAAUUUUUAAAUCUAGUACAAGUACAUGUCUCUUAUAUCAACCAUCACGUCCAAAAAGCAAUGUGAUGGCUAGGUGGCUAGUGUACAAGUACAAUUGUGACCAAUAGGGCCAAGCCAAUGUGCCUUAGGUUAGAAAUAUGUAACUUGAUAUGAAGAUUUAGAAUGUUGUGCUUGUAUCGUACUUGUGCUAAAUUUUAAAAUUUAUGUAUGUGAAUAGCACAUGAGCACAUAUAAGCCUCUCACGUUACUACAGGCUUGUGAUGGGUCAAACUUUUUUUGUGCCGUGCUUGAUUGGCCUUUAUGUUCGCCGGAUCCAUACCUUGCUCUAUGCCUCUAUCUAUAAUUGAAGCACAAAAAGAGUUUCUUACGCCUAGACCAAGCGAAACGUGGAAGGAGGGAUAAGUAUCAUUUUGUUAUUGUUGCACAAAGGUACAAAACUGACAAAAUUAGCUUAGCUGGAGAGCGGUGGCUGUUUGGCGAGGGUUUAAACAUGUUCUAGUUCUACUGUUCGACCGAAACGCAAAACAAACAAUAACGAUUGUUUCUGAUUCGUGAUAUUUCUAGGAACCACAAACUUCUAUCUGUUUUGCACUUUUGCCUCAUCAAAAUCUUAUCUCUCUAUUCGCUCAACCUUGAAUCUCUGCUCAUUUCACAUUUGUCUUAUAUCCAGCCCUGGCGAACGGUUACACAGAAAUGGGUGAUACAGAAGAAAUGGUUGAGAUCAAUAUGACAUCCUCUAUUGAGUUGAGCUCAUCUCUGCUAGAACAGCUAGGGAAGGCAUUAAGUGAGCUGGAAACUCAUAACGAAACUUUCAGCACUCAGGUUCCAUGGAAUGAUGUUGAAGCACAUUUCCGUAACUUGGAGUCAAUGACGAAGAAGACAUUUGAAGAACUUGAAGCCAAAGAAAAGGAUUUCACAGCUAGGGAAUCUCACUAUCACAUGCUUUUUGCUGAGAAAGAGGCAGCAGUUGUGGCUAAGGAGCAAGAUUUGUUAGAUCAGGUGCAGGAACUAAAAGAUGCUGCUGUGGCUGCAAUCACUAAAGCUAGGGACAACCAUAAGGUAAGCAGCUUUGUUGAUGAUGAAAAUGCAUCAAUUGACACCCAAGAACGGAAACCUCCUCAUAAAAUGGGGGGAAAUGUUGAAGGUGUUGCUGCCGAGGUUAAUCCUUGUGCAGAGCUGACACAAUUUUGUGAGCAGAUGGAUUCCUUAGGACUUUUGAACUUUGUCAUGGAGAACCUAGAAAACCUUUCCUCUCUUUGGAAGGAACAGCUGUCAGUUGCACUCGGUAGUGCGACUGAGCCAGCACGUUUGGUGCUUGAUGCACUGGCGGGAUUUUUCCCUCCCAAAGAAAUGACCCAAGAAGUGGAUAUUAGAGAUGCUGCCCUUCAUGGUAUGCGUCAGUCUUGUCUAAUCCUUAUGGAAGCCUUGUCUGCCUUUUUGUCAAAGGCUGACUGUGCCAUGGAUGUCUUUCUUAACCCUGAAACCCAGCAGCAGGCGAAAGUUAUUGCCAAUGAGUGGAAACUUAAAUUGGCUGGGGAAAGCAUUAAUGCUGCCAAUGAAAAUUCAUUGGAAGCAGAAGGGUUUUUGCAGCUGCUUGCAACCUUUAGAAUUGCUUCUGAGUUUGAUGAAGGACAACUCUGCAAGUAUGUUCUUGCAGUUGCUCAUCACAGGCAGGCAACUGAGCUCUGCCGCUAUCUUGAUUUGACACAAAAGAUACCAGGUUUGGUUGAUACACUGAUAAGUAAUGGGAGGCAAAUUGAUGCAGUACAUUUUAUUCAUGCUUUCAAGCUCUCUGAGGCUUUCCCUCCUGUUCCUCUUUUGAGAGCAUAUUUGAAAGAGCUAAGGAGAAACUCACAAGGAAAUGGCAGUGCUGCCUUACAGAAUGACUACAAUUCUCGAGAACUUGAAGCAUUGAGGGCAGUCAUUGCCUGUGUGGAACAAUAUAAACUUGAAGCUGACUACCCUCUUGAUCCACUCCAUAAAAGGGUUGCCCAGCUAGACAAAUCUGUCAGAGGUGAUACUAAGAGGACAGCUGAAACCGGUCAUCACCAACAUAAAAAAAAGCCGCGAUUUGAUAGAGGAUUCCAGGGCCAACGAGCUCGGGGAUUUGGCCGUGGGAGACAUGGCCCACCACCAAGGGCAGCAUAUACGGGAGUAACUGGACGACCAGAGAGGUACAAUCCUGCUUUUCCAACUCCUCAUAGCUAUACCGUUACUGCUCAACUUCCUUAUGCUGCUCAAGCCACUGAUCAAAGGUUAUAUUAUCCGCAAGAUACCAGGCCCAGAGGCCCGUAUUCUCCUGCUGCCCCUAGCUAUGGCUCUAAUCUGCAACCAUCACACCAACCAUAUGCCUAAGAUUCAAAUGACAUUAGAUCCAACUUAGUCUAGCUUUAAUUGAUUAUCAAAGGAUUUUAGGCAAGCAGUUACGUGUGUUAGGAAGGUACAUUUUGUAUCAGAUCAUUGCUGAGCCAGUACUUUAAGGGUUGUGGUUCACCGCUGUGCAAGCAGUAACGUGUUGUUAGGGGGCUACAGUUUGUGUUAUUUUCAUCUGUGUUAAAAGGUUUUUGCGUAUUGCCUUUUAUUUAAAAAUUAUACCCUCAGAUUGUUAUUGCAGCCCCUGUAUCUUCUUGUAAGAUGCUGUUUGCUAGUUGCAACUUCUCUA